UCGAAGCUCAAAACAACGGUUUUGAAACUAUUGAUUUUGCAGGUAGAUUCUUGAAAUAUCAACUGCUAUUUGUCUCGAUGGCUUUGGAGACUUGUCCCAAGGACCUCCACCAUUUGCGGGCAUGCCUUCUGUGUUCUCUUGUGAAGACUAUUGACCAGUUUGAAUAUGAUGGCUGUGACAACUGUGAGUCGUACCUUCAGAUGAAGGGGAAUCGAGAGAUGGUAUAUGAGUGUACAAGUUCCUCGUUUGAUGGGGUGAUAGCCCAGAUGAGUCCAGAGGACAGCUGGGUGGCCAAGUGGCAGAGAAUCAGUAACUUCAAGCCAGGUGUCUAUGCUGUGACGGUGACAGGGUGGUUACCUCCAGAUCUCAAAAGGAAUUCCUGA